CUGCCCUUUUGUAACUCUGUUAUUGGUCUGCUUGCAGCUUCCAGAGCUAAACUCAACAUGAUCAACACAAUGUCAAAAAUUCGAGGGCAGGAAAAAGGACCCGGCUACCCACAGGCUGAGGCCUUAUUGGCAGAAGCUAUGCUGAAGUUUGGAAGAGAACUCGGAGAUGAAUGCAACUUUGGCCCAGCCUUGGGUGAUGUUGGGGAAGCGAUGAGAGAACUUUCUGAAGUCAAAGAUUCUUUGGACAUUGAAGUGAAGCAGAACUUCAUAGAUCCCCUGCAGAAUCUCCAUGAUAAAGAUCUGAGAGAAAUACAGCACCACCUGAAGAAAAUGGAAGGUCGACGCCUGGACUUCGAUUACAAAAAGAAAAGACAAGGCAGGCUCCCUGAUGAGGAGCUACGCCAAGCUCUGGAGAAAUUUGAUGAGUCCAAAGAAAUAGCUGAGUCAAGCAUGUAUAACCUUCUGGAGAUGGAUAUUGAACAAGUGAGUCAGCUUUCUGCUCUUGUAGAAGCCCAGCUGAAGUACCACAGACAGGCAACCCAGAUCCUACAGCAAGUUACUGCCAAGUUGGAAGAGAGAAUAAAAGAAGCGUCAACUCAGCCCAGAAGAGAAUAUCAGCCAAAACCCCGCAUGAGUCUGGAUUUUUCCAGUGGUGAGAAUACCCAGUAUAAUGGAGGGAUAUCCCAGACCAGCACCCCUAAACCAACAGGUAUUCCAAUGGAUCAGCCAUGCUGCCGAGCUCUGUAUGACUUUGACCCCGAAAAUGAAGGGGAGUUGGGUUUUAAAGAGGGUGAUGUCAUUACCCUCACUAACCAGAUUGAUGAGAACUGGUAUGAAGGGAUGCUUCAUGGCCAGUCAGGCUUCUUCCCUAUCAAUUAUGUGGAUAUUCUGGUACCUUUGCCCCAUUAGGAUGGCUGACUCAUCACCUCUUGACCCAGAUAGUCAUGUUGAUACCACUGCUUUCAAACUGCUGCUUACUACACCUCACAAGUGCAAACUGCAGUGGUUAAAGUCAUCAAGUCCCACUGAGCAUCUUUGGUUUACAUGUUGUCAUGUGGCAUAGUGGUGAUGUGUGGUAUCUUCUGAGGCAGCACAACAUGGCCUGUGGAUUUGUACGCUAUGGUGUGCCAGCCCAUGGUAACCAGAGCCAUUGUUCAUAUGGUAUUGGGAAAACAAUGGCAAGCAAAAGUGAUGACUCAUGGUGAAGUAGAGGAAAUCGUGUGCUGUUGGGAAGAUAAUGCCUAUCACCACUGUAUUACUUUUAAGUCUUAGUUCUUGAUCAAAAGAGGGAAAAAGUUCUUGACAUUCCAUCUUUCCCUUCACAAGGAUACGGCUCACGCAGGUCUAAUAUUGACUCACCAGCAUUGUCUUCUGAUCAAAAUGAUUUAGAAUCAGUUACUGUUCUCAGAAAGCCAGUAUAGUGUUGACCCUAUGGCUUCUCUGAAAGUGAGCUACCAUUGUACUGUACGUGCUGCCUGCUUGCAACUGGUUUUAUAUUCUGGAUUGUUAAUAACAGGCCUGUUCAAUCUUCAGGUAAAUUGCAAACUAUAAAAAGAAAAGGCCAGUAAUAAAGAGCUUGAGUUACAAGCCUGCUCUUCAGAAACUUUGAACACAAUAAACAAAAUGCCAGCAAGAGGGCAGGGUGGGGAAUAAAACGAACAUAGGUGUUAUGUAUUUCAUGUAAAGUUUUGGCACAAAAUCACAUCAUUCAAGCACUGGGAGCCUUCAGUACACUCAUACACUGGAAAAAAACCCAACAACCAACAGUCCUGUUUAUUUUUGUCUACUUUGUGUUCUUUGAACAUCAUUUGUGCAUAUUCUGCCCUCAAUGAGGACUAAAUAAAAUUGAUUUUUGUGCUGAGCAAUUAAAGACUUGUGGCCGUAUACGCAAAAAUGUUUCCCCAUAAGUUUAGUUCUCUUUUAUCUUCCCUACCCUUCCUGCAUUUUGUG